AUGGGAUGGGAUGAUGUCUCUGGGCGAAGCCUCGCGCCAGUCUCACCGUCCCACCGUCGCGCCAUGGCCAGGCCAGGCAAGCCUGGUACUGGUGCGGUGGCUGUCCGCGAAUCCUACCUAGCAGCGUCGGCAUCGUUUUGCGAAUUAUUGGGACGCACAGAAAAAGUCCCCUCCGGCCGUCUCGUGUGCUCGCCGCCGCCGUCGUCGUCGCCGCCCCCUCUCUGCGGCUUUCACGGCCUCGUGAUGAGCCCGGCCCCUCCCACACCUGCGAACCCCCCUGGCAUCCCAGCAAUCAAGGACCCUGGCACGUUGCUGCCCUCUGCAUUCGAUUCGCGGGCCGCCGAGGGCAUGAUAUCACACCGCACACAUCACGCGGGAGCUUCGCCGACCCAGAGUCAAGUUAUCUAUCCGGGGCACGCUGCCUGUCAGAAAAGCGAUUGCCAAGUUCGGCAGUAG